AUGAAGCAAAUCAUUUCACUGAGACCAACCAACCUCACUGAAGUGGCUGAAUUUGUCCUGUUGGGUUUAACCAAUCAUAACUUGCAGGUGCUGCUGUUUAUUGUAUUUCUCUUUGUUUAUAUAAUAAUAGUAAUAGGAAACAUGCUAAUUUUCCUUAUGAUCAUGGUAACUCCAUCUCUUCAUACACCAAUGUAUUUCUUUCUAAAGGUCCUUUCCUUCUUAGAUAUAUGUUACUCUUCAGUUACUCUACCCAAAAUGUUGGUGAAUUUCUUGUCUGAGGACAAGAGAAUUUCCUAUGUUGGCUGUGCCACCCAAAUGUUCUUCCUGCUUUUCCUAGGGGCUUCAGAAUGCUUCCUCUUGGCAGCCAUGGCCUAUGACCGUUAUGUAGCCAUAUGCAAGCCACUGAGGUACAGGGCUAUCAUGAAUGAGAAUGUUUGCCUAGCACUAACAGCUCUGUCACGGUUCUUCGGCAAUUUGGUGUCUCUGCUUCAGACUGUUUGGGUGUUUACUUUGCCCUUCUGCAGAUCAAACCAAAUCAAUUAUUUUUUCUGUGAUAUUCCACCUCUCAUUAAGCUUUCUUGCAUUGACACCUCUUUGUAUGAGAUGCAGCUCUUUACAGCAACAAUACUAGUUAUUUUCAUUCCCUUUUCCCUCAUCCUUGUGUCCUACAUUCUGAUUAUCUCCAGUAUCCUAAAGAUGACAACAGCUGAAGGCCGUCAGAAAGCCUUCUCCACCUGCUCUUCACACCUUUUGGUGGUAACUUUGUACUAUGGGAGUGGCAGCUUAAUCUAUCUUAAACCCAAAUCCACUUAUUCACAGGACAGUAACAAAGUUUUGGCUUUGAUGUAUACCACCAUCACACCCAUGUUGAACCCAAUUAUCUAUAGUCUAAGGAAUGCAGAAAUCAGUGGAGCAAUGAAAAGGAUGGUGAACAAGGUAAUGAACCGAAAAAUACUUUUUCCUGGGACACAGUUUAUUAAUCAUGCUAAUUCCAUAACUAUGAAUUAG